AUGAUCAUCAACCCGCAAACACUCACGCCUUUCAGCCAGCUCAAAGAAGCGCUGAUCAAGUGUUUUUCCGCGUCUGAAUCAGCCAAACCGCGCCAGCUCUUAGACGGUGAGGCAAUAGGUGAUCGCUCACCUUCACAAUUCCUACGACAUCUAAAAUCGCUAGCUCCAACGAUUGAUGAAGCUGUACUCAGGACCAGAUGGAUGUCGGAUCUGCCAAAGAAGACGCAAGAGCUACUCGCCGUGUCUCCAGAUACUGCGACAAUCGACGACCUGGCCAAAACAGCAGACAAAAUUCAUGAGAUGUUCCCUGUGUCUCACAACGCCGCCGCAGCAGUGUCCACACCAUCGAAUACCCAGAUCUCAGCGCUCGAAAAACAGAUCUCCGAGCUAACUAAAUGCGUCACCGCUCUAUCAGCUCAGAGCAGACAGAGAGGACUUUUGACAUCUCGAAAACCCCGAAAUAGGUCCCAGUCCAAAGGACGAGGCAAACUUAAAGACGGCAUCUGUUAUUACCACAUAAAAUUCGGCAAACAGGCUUACAAGUGCGCCGACGGAUGCAAGUUCGCGGGAAACGCAAACGGGAGUCCCUAG